GUACCUCUAAGCUAUUCCUAUUGAGAAGAUAACCCCCUCCAAAAAAAAAAAAAGCCCCGACGACCCUGAUGGUCUAGACAACCCAAAAAAACAGGGGGGGAAAAAAAAAAAAAACAAAUAAAGUUGUUUCUGUUUCCUAAGCAUGAACAAUUCCAACAGUGCCCAUAAAGAGAGCCCCAAGAAGGGCAAAGAUAAGAAGAAGAAGAAGAAGCGUGGUGGGAGCAAGAAGAAGACGACGGUUGAGCAAACUCUUGCGUUCAAGUCUGUUAGUGAAUGGGUUUUCUUGGAUCAGCCUUCUUUGCUAGCUUCUCUUGCUUCUUCAUGCGUCGUGGACGACUUUGGGGUGCAGAAGAAUCUUGGAAGAGGUAAGGAGAAGCUGGUGUUCGAAUUACAUUCGCAUUCCAAAUGCAGUGAUGGGUUUCUUUCCCCUUCGAAGCUGGUGGAGAGAGCUUAUGGAAGUGGGGUGAAAGUUCUUGCUCUGACAGAUCAUGACACAAUGUCUGGCAUUGCUGAAGCUAUAGAUGCAGCACAUAGAUAUGGGAUAAAGAUAAUCCCAGGCGUUGAAAUUAGUACCAUUUUCUCCCCGAGAGGAGGGUCCGAACCAGAGGAACCAGUACAUGUUCUUGCAUACUACAGCACCUGUGGACCAACAAGUUUUGAGGAACUGGAACAGGUUUUAGCUAGUAUAAGGGAUGGUCGUGUCCUCCGUGCAAAAAAUAUGGUCUCAAAACUGAACAAGCUCAAGUUGCCUCUUAAGUGGGAGCAUGUUGCUAGGAUUGCUGGCAAGGGAGUUGCUCCUGGGAGACUGCAUGUUGCCCGUGCUUUGGUUGAAGCAGGUCAUGUGGAGAAUCUGAAACAAGCUUUUUCACGAUACCUUUUUGAUGGUGGACCUGCUUAUGCUACGGGAAGCGAACCUCUUGCUGAAAAAGCAGUCAAAUUGAUAUGUGAUACAGGGGGGGUGGCUGUAUUAGCUCAUCCUUGGGCAUUGAAAAACCCUGUUGCCAUUAUUAGGAGGUUAAAAGAAGCUGGUCUUCAUGGGAUGGAAGUUUAUAGAAGUGAUGGAAAGCUGUCUGCAUACAGUGAUCUUGCUGAUACUUAUGGUCUGCUGAAGCUUGGAGGAUCGGACUAUCAUGGUAGAGGUGGACAUGGUGAGUCUGAUCUGGGUAGUGUGAACCUUCCAAUGUUGGCCGUGCACGACUUUCUUAAAGUUGCUCGGCCAAUUUGGUGUAAUGCCAUAAAAGAUAUCAUACACACCUAUGCUGAGGAGCCUUCAGAUUCAAAUCUAGCAAGGAUUAUAAGGUUUGUGAGGACCCCAAAUUUUAAAGGAGGUUCCUCAUUGAGUUGCUGCAGAGACUUGAUUGAUGGUUGCCUAUCUUUGUGGCUGACAAAUGAAGAAAGUCACAAUCCGGAGUUUGAUGCCAUUAGGUUGAAGCUUUCCCAUAUUUCGCUUAAUCGGGAAAAAAUCCAGGUCCCAAUAGGGAGUCAAUAAUACCGAUGGAAAUUGGUAUACCAAUUUUCUUUAUUGGUGGUGGUGAUAGGAAAAUUAUUCUUGAUUUAAGAUUUUUGUUUUCUGAGUCAGCAUUUCUUCCUUUCGUUUAGAAACUAGUUGAAGCAUCUUCCCUUUCUGUCCAAUUAUUUUGUAUUUUUAUUUUGGAGGGUUAAAGAAUAGAUAUGGCCAGACAACUAAAAUUGUUAGUCUGUUGAAACAUCAGGAGAAUGGUAGAUUCUUUCGCCUUCUAAUUUUAUUGACAUGUAAUGUUGAAUAUUUGGUCAAGUUGUUAACUUAAUUUCUUUGGUUCCUACUGUU